AUGGUUAGAUUAUCUAUCAGUUCGCUCGCUAUUUUCACUUCCUUAUUAACUGCUAAGGCAGCUGCAAAAGAUGUCCUUUGUUUAGUCAAUGAUGUCCCAGUUGCAACCGUUGAUUUGGAUACAGGAGUUUGUCCAUUCACUCUUCCAGCUGAAUUAGUCGCUUUCUUCGAUUACACCAGUUCAGAAGAUUACAACAUUCAAUUCUACUACGCUAUCGCUAACAGUGCAAGAUACUUUACUGAUAUUGUUAACGCCGGAACUGAAAUUGAUAUUCCUGCUAACCAAAUUUACGGUACUGACGGUGCUCCAGUUUACCAAGUCCAUGUUGAAAACACUCCAGCAUCUAAUUCUACUGCUGCUAUCAGAAAGAGAAUGUUGAAUCAAGUUGAAGUUAUCAAGAGAGAUGAAGCAUCUGACUUUGCUGAAUCUUUAAAAUCUGUCGAUGGUACUUUAGUCAACUCUGCUCUUUUCAAGGUUGUUGAUAUUCCAAGUGGUUCUUCAUCUAUUGCCUCUGGUACUCCAACUGGUACUAUCCCUGUCUCAUCUGGUGUUAACACUGUAGGUGAUGUUACUGAAACUUUGGAAUCUACCAAGAUUAUCACUGUUACCCACUGUUCUGAUAACAAAUGUUCUGCCGCUACUGUUCCAGCCACCCCAACUGUCACUACCUACACUGUUGACGGUACUGUUACUUCUUACACUACUUAUUGUCCACUUACUGAUGCUGCAGAU